GGGCGCCGAAGGUGACUGGACUUACCGUGGGCUCCCGGCGCUGCGGUUCGCUCUGGUUCGGAGGGCGGAAGUGCCCGCUGGGCUAUUUUCUGACCCCGGCGUGACACUCUGUGCGGCUGCGCGCGCACUGGGACUUCUGCUUCUGCGCCUCUGCAGGACGGUGUGAUCCCGGCAGACCGAACUCGACCGAGCGUCUUUCCCGCUGCGGGAAGCCGGAGCAGAGCCGGCACCUCGGUUUGGCUUUGGUUGAAGAAAGAACUUAGCCUAUAUGUACUGCUUUAUCCACUGGAAGAAUGACAGAUGACAAAGAUGUGCUUCGAGAUGUGUGGUUUGGACGAAUUCCAACUUGCUUUACUCUCUAUCAGGAUGAGAUAACUGAGAGAGAAGCAGAACCAUACUAUUUGCUUUUGCCAAGAGUCAGCUAUUUGACGUUGGUAACUGACAAAGUGAAAAAGCACUUUCAGAAGGUUAUGAGACAAGAUGAUGUUAGUGAGAUAUGGUUUGAAUAUGAAGGCACACCCCUGAAAUGGCAUUAUCCAAUCGGUUUACUAUUUGAUCUUCUCGCAUCAGGUUCAGCUCUUCCUUGGAACAUCACAGUGCAUUUCAAGAGUUUUCCAGAAAAGGACCUUCUACACUGUCCAUCCAAGGAUGCUGUUGAGGCUCACUUCAUGUCCUGUAUGAAAGAAGCUGAUGCUUUAAAGCACAAAGGUCAAGUGAUCAACGAAAUGCAGAAAAAAGACCACAAGCAGCUCUGGAUGGGACUGCAGAAUGACAGAUUUGACCAGUUUUGGGCCAUCAACCGGAAACUCAUGGAAUAUCCUCCGGAAGAAAAUGGAUUUCGUUAUAUCCCUUUUAGAAUAUAUCAGACCACGACUGAACGGCCGUUUAUUCAGAAGCUGUUCCGUCCUGUGGCCGCAGAUGGACAGCUGCAUACACUUGGAGAUCUCCUCAGAGAAGUCUGUCCUUCCGCAGUCACCCCCGAAGAUGGAGAGAAGAAGAGCCAAGUGAUGAUUCACGGGAUCGAGCCGAUGCUGGAGACGCCUCUACAGUGGCUGAGUGAGCAUCUGAGCUACCCAGAUAACUUUCUUCACAUCAGCGUCGUCCCCCAGCCGACAGACUGAAGAGCUCGGCCUCCCUCCGCGCUGGAUGGAACCACCUGAGUCAGGACACCAGAGCGUGACGACACCCUUGCUUCAGUCAGGCUCAGUGGAGGCAACAGAAACCGGGCUGAGGCGAGCCAAGGAGGAGAAGAUUCCAUGACAGAUAGGGCACCCAGGCAGGCAGGGCUGAGUGUGCACCAGCACUCUGCUCCGCUGCUGUCAGGAAACCUCAGCUGAGACAGACCGGACCACUGCAGCCUCCUCUUCUCGUGAAAUGCAAUGCUGCCGAAGCCUUUGCUCAAUGAAAAACAAAAUGGAAAUGUGCCACAGUUUGUAUUUCUGAUUAACAAAUAAGUGGGUAUUUCCUAAGGUGACCAUGGUUGAACCUUAGGCAGGAGAAUGGAAACAUUGGUUGAAUUUUCAAUAGAAUUAGACUUAAGAAAGUAAAAGAGAAAUUCUGUUAUUAAUAACUUGCAGUAAUUUUUUGUAAAAGAUCAAAUUACAGUAAACCCAUCUUUCCUUAAUGAGAAUUUCCUGUUUACAGUCAGUCUAUUGGUAUGCAAACAAUCUUGUAACUUUGAUAAUGAACAGUGAGAGAUUUUUAAAUAAAGCCUCUAACUAUGUUUUGUCAUUUAAUAACAUACAGUUUGUCACUUUUCAAGGAC